AUGCCAAAAGGGAGAGCCCUUGCACAAAGGUCUUCACAGCCGCCUUUCCCAAAGGAGAAAAGGAAAACGAGACCGUCACUUGAGGAGAUCAUAGAUGAUUUCAACUUCAUAGCAAGAAGAUUCCCUUAUGGUGUACCGUUUGAUAAUGCUUGCAAUAAGAGUCCAUUCAUGGAAGACCUAGCUUGGACACAAGAUUGGACUCUAGCUGAAAUGGAAAAGAUGUAUGAGGAAGCAAGAAAGGGAAUGCCUAAACCUAGGUUUCUACACAAGCUUCAUGACCCAGGUUACUUCCUUAUACAUUUCUCUAUCAAUGGAAGCUACUUUGAUGUUGCUCUUUGCGAUUCCGGUUCUAGUGUGAACCUUAUGCCGGCCGAGAUAGCCAAGAAGUUGGGAUUGAUCAAUUCAAUUGUGAAAUCUCGAAUAGAUUUAAAGCUGGCUGAUUCAUCAUUGACCGAACCACUUGGAGAGGUUAAAGACAUUCAGCUUGAUUUUGGAGGCUGCAUAGUUCCAGCCAACUUCUAUGUAGUAACCAUGAAGGAUCCGGAGGACUUAAAGCUUUUGCUUGGAAGAUCAUUCCUAGCCACAGCCGGAGCGAUCAUGGAUUGGCCUAAUAGAAGAAUCUCUCUAGCCAAUGUUGACAAAGACACCUUCUAG